AUGGCUGGAACAGACCAACACAGUGGUUUCUCUACUCGAGGCGGCUCGCGCUUCGCAUCCGCACCUCACGAGACUACUAUCCACGGUGGAGACAGCGACAAUGAUCGUAUCUCCACGCCGACGCCUUCUCCUCCCCGUCGAAAUGACAUGACUCGCAGAGAUCUCGUCGAGCUCCUCACAAACCGACUACAACCAGAGCCACGGUCAGAGUCAGCACCAAACCCAUCGACAGCGCGCGAAAGAGGCCCUCGUCCAAGGCGCGCGGAAGAAAGCGGACCUCAACGCCCACAACGAUCCAGUGCGGGCGUGGCGCCGCCGUCUGCUACCCAGCCUCUGGCCAGCGCAAGUCACGCCCAGGCGCAGGUUGCAGCUCCGCCAAUGGUUGGACCCGCCCAACAGACAGAAGCAGAGUUCUUCUUCGAGCAACUCUCAGAUCUCGCGAAGCAGAGCACUUCCUCAGAAGACAUUGCCACGGCAAAGGCGUACCGUUCGUGCGCCAAGAUGUACUACUACUCAGCAGCGGGCUCUACUGUCUGGGAGGACUUCACUCAAGAGACGCGCGAAUCUCUUAAGCAGAGCUGGCAAUCGCAGAUGUUUGAGGCUGGUGGCGUCGGAAAAGCGGUCAACCUCAUGCUCGAGUACUUGAUCCAUCUCCUGGAGGUUCACCAGGAGCAAUGGCCCGAAGUUGUCCCUGCCCCUACUAAGACGACUCGAGAGGUAGUAUCGACGAAGGAUCGUAUGUUUGACAUGCUUAUGACUACCGCGAUCAGAGGGCGUCACAACGACGAACUCGCCGUGCGGAACGCUCUCCAUCAAUUGCUGGACGAAGGCGCCUCCGAUGAUGACUUGAUUGAUGCUCUCUGCACCUCUCGCAUAAUGUACCCAAGCAGACCAUUGUUCGAUGAGAGCUCGCUAGAUUGGGCUGCACGCCUCGAAGACCUGAGCCUAUUCACAGCAGAUCUCGGCGCACAGCUUGCAGAGCAGGGGUAUCUUUCCGUGGCGCYCUGA